UCUCGAUCAUUGAUAAUGGAGGUUUCCGCCUUAAUAAGCUCCCAGUCAAGUGCAGGAUUUUUCUCUAAUCAUCAUGUAAACCCUAAUCUUUUCUCUCUCAAAACAACCAUCUCAUUUACUCCAUCAUUCAGAUGGCCGAUUAGAUCUUCAACCUCCCUAACACUAAGAGCUUAUUCCCGAUCCGAAUCUCUUCCAUCUCACAGAAUCAUCGCCGAUUCAUCUACACGAUCUUCUCAUGUUAAUGGAAAAACUGAAUUAUACGUUGGCUUACCUAUUGAUGCGAUUUCCGAAUGUAAUGCUGUUAAUCAUGAACGAGCAAUUGUAGUUGGAUUGAAAGCUUUGAAAUUGUUAGGAGUUGAUGGUGUUGAGGUUUCAGUAUGGUGGGGUGUUGUAGAGAAGAACUCCAUUGGGGAAUAUGAUUGGUCUGGUUAUCUUGCUUUAGCGAAUAUGGUAGAUGAGAUAGGUCUUAAACUACGUAUCUCCAUUUGCUUCCAUGCAUCGGAUAAACCGAGAAUUGACCUUCCUGAUUGGGUUUCGCGAAUUGGCGAAUUACAACCAGAUAUCUUCUUUACGGAUAGGGCAGGCGAUCGAUAUAGAAAUUGUCUAUCGUUGGCGGUUGAUCAGUCGCCUGUUCUUCAUGGGAAGACUCCGGUUCAAGUUUAUAAGGAUUUUUGUGAGAGCUUUAAGUGUUCCUUUAAUCAUCUCCUUGGUUCAACUAUCACGGGUAUAUCCAUUGGGCUUGGACCAAAUGGGGAGCUUUGUUACCCUUCUCAGCGAAAACUAUCCAACAAUGUCGGAGUUGGGGAAUUUCAAUGUUACGAUAAAAACAUGUUGAAUAAUCUUAAACAACAUGCUGAAGCUUCUGGGAACCCUUUCUGGGGGCUUUCAGGUCCACAUGAUGCCCCAAGCUAUGACCAAUCUCCGAAUUCUGGAAACUUCUUCAAUGAUGACAAUGGAUCGUGGAAUGCUCCGUAUGGACAAUUCUUCCUAUCAUGGUACUCGAGCCAACUUAUGGCUCACGGAGACAGAAUCCUCUCCCUUGCUGCCUCUACUUUCAAAGACUCGAAUGUAGAGGUUUAUGGGAAAAUUCCAUUACUACCCUCGUGGUACAAAACACAAUCUCGUCCAUCUGAAUUAACUGCCGGAUUUUAUAACAUUGUUAAUAGAGAUGGAUACGACGAGAUUGCCAGAAUCUUUGCGCAAAACUCUUGCAAAAUGAUCUUACCCGGAAUGGACUUGUCCAAUGAAGCUCUUUCAAGCCCGGAGCUGUUAACAGCUCAAAUCAUGGAAGCUUGUGAGAGACACGGAGUUGAAUUGUCGGGUGAGAAUUCGUUGGUUUCAGGAGCAGCUCCUAGUGGUCGGUUAGAGCGAAUUGAGGAGAAUAUGGCUAAGAAAGGGUUGAUGAGUUCAUUUACUUAUCAAAGAAUGGGAGCUUAUUUCUUCUCACCUGAUCAUUUUCCUUCGUUUACUCAGUUUGUUCGAAGAGUUAAUCAAACCGCCCUGCAUUCUGACGAUGCCCCGAGCAAGAAAUUGGUUGGUGGUCGUAAUCUUGUAAGGUCAGAUAGUGGCAAAGAUCUUGAGAUGCAAGGAUCUUUAAUAUGAUUAAACCUUAUUCUUGUAUUCAUGCACAUAUAUGAUAAUAUAUUGUUAAUGU